UUCGCGGGUUUAGGUCGGGUUGCAUAAACGGUCGAUUUGAUUUGCUCACCCGACCCGACCCGAUAUAUCCCCCACUCCCCCUUUCAUUUCAGGUUUGUAGCCCUAGUUCUUAGACAACACUCUCUCUCAACUCUCUCUCACUUGAACGGAGGCGAGCGACGACAGUGGUGGCUAGCGACAAUCGGUGACGGUGGCGGCGAGCAGCGAGCAGCGAUCGAAGCAUCGAUUCGAAGUUUAUUUGAUAGUCUUUUGGUCAUGGAUCCUCUAAGCGAAGAAACAUUUUUUGUGAGUCCUAAUGUUGAGCCCGAAUAAUCUUCUAUUGACUCUUCUACCCAACCUAAUGCUCCCCGUCCUAAAAUGAUGUGUUCUUUUAUUUAGAUCAUAUCAUUUCUUUAUUAUUUUACACAUCUUUUCUUAGUAAAAAAAAAAUUAAAAAAUAAAAAAUAUAUUUAUUUAAAUCAUUCUAAAUAAACCAUUUGAAAAAUUCCAAGACUCCUUAAACCGUUGUGGAUCGGAGGAAGAUUCGCUUAAACCGGAAUCCUGUUCGACCCAACACCCUUGUAUUUGUAUUCGCUUGAACCGGACCCAUAGGACUGAUCAGAGGAGGAUUCGCUCAGAUGGAAACAGUGGAGGCAUCAAUUCCAGAUACCAGAUUAGUAGAACAAGAAAAUGUUGAAGGUAAUAAUACUGAAAUGGAGGGUUUCAAAUAUCGUGUUGAUGAUAUGUCCACAAAGGUUGAUAAGCUUGAGCAAACAUUGAUUGAGGUAGAACAGUACUACUCGACUACAAGUAAGAAACAAUUGAAUACUUCCAAAGGUAGCUCAAUUGUGAAGGACAAAGACAAGGAGAAACAUAUUUCUAACUUUAAGAAGCGGCAGCAAGAUGCUUCACGUAGAGAAGCAGCUGCAGCAAAAAGAAUGCAAGAGCUUAUGCGCCAAUUUAGCACAAUAUUUCGUCAGAUCACCCAGCACAAAUGGGCAGGACCUUUUAUGCAGCCUGUAGAUGUAGUGGGCCUUGGUUUGCAUGAUUACCAUGAGGUCAUUGAAAAACCCAUGGACUUUAGCACCAUAAAGGCCAAAAUGGAGGCCAAGGAUGGUACUGGCUACAAGAAUGUCCGGGAGAUAUGUGCAGAUGUGAGGUUAAUAUUUAAGAAUGCAAUGAAGUAUAAUGAAGAACGAGAUGAUGUCCACGUAAUGGCCAAAACUUUACUUGCAAAAUUUGAAGAGAAGUGGCUGCAACUCCUGCCAAAAGUUGAUGAAGAGGAAAAAAGACGAAAAGAGGAGGAAGCAGAAGUGCAGCUAGAUAUGCAGCUUGCUCAAGAGUUUGCUCAUGCCAAAAUGGCUAGGGAUUUAAGCAAUGAGCUUGAUGAAGUUGAUCUCUAUUUGGAAGAACUCAGAGAACUGGUACUUCAAAGUUGCAGAAAGAUGACUACUGAAGAAAAAAGAAAACUUGGAACAGCGCUUACCCAAUUGUCUUCUGAUGAUCUCAACAAGGCACUGCUGAUCGUUGCUCAAAAUAACCCAAAUUUCCAAGCAACAGCUGAAGAGGUGGAACUUGACAUGGAUGCUCAGAGCGAAUCCACAUUAUGGAAGCUAAAGAUUUUUGUGAAGGAAGCACUGAAAGUUCAGGGUAAGAGUACAGCAAGUAUGGGUGACAACCACCAGCACCACAACGAUAAUAACAACAAACGGAAACGAGAGAUUUGUGAUGCUCUUGCUAAGACUUCGCAGAAAAGGAGUAAAAAGCUUCCCUAGUAUGUAUUGCGGAGUACAGGUAAAACUUUUAAAAUGAUUCUAUGAAUCAGAAUUGAUUUCUUGUUUCUUGCAGAAGGUCAAUGAAGAGGAGAAAAAGUUAAUUUUGGUUUAACUCUGGUUCUUGCUACUAGUUUUAUAUGUUUGGGAAAUUAAAAUCAGUAGCAGAUAUUUGUGACCAUUUUUCUGUUGCUUAAUAAAUGCAUACUAUAGAUGCCUUAUAUUAUGUAGAUCAGCAAAUUAUGUUAGUUUAUGGUCCAUUGUGACCUUAACCUACAUUGCUGCAACUGUACAUAUGGGCUUGGAGAUGAAAUUAAAUGGGUUAUUGCCUAGA